AUGGCCUUUCCUUCAGUCAGCCUGGGUUCAAGCUUUGCCCCAGAUUUGGAGAAACAGGUGGGAAAGACGCAGAAGGGGAAAGGAGUCACGCACAUUGCGAGUCCCCUGUGUACCAGGAGCUCUGCUUCCGUUUCUGAACACCUGAGUGACUGUAUCUCAGAGGUGGUCUUUGUGGCCAUCUACACCUCUGAAUUCUUCAUGAAGGUUUAUGUGGACCCUAUCAACUACUGGAAAGACAGCUAUAACCUUCUGGAUGCGGUCAUCAUCGUCAUUAUCUUCAUCCCCUACGUGCUCCGUGAGGUGAAGGGUAAACACUUCCGCUACCUCAACAUUGCCGAAGGCCUACAAUCUAUCCGCAUCCUCAAGUUUAUCACCUAUAGCAAAGCCAUCAGAGUUGAAGGCUGGACAAAUAUACAGAUGCAGCUGGAAAAGCACAAUUUUAUUGUGAGCCGAGCAUUCACCAUCAUUUUCAUCUUGAUUGCCUCCUUCAUCUUCCUCAGCGUGUUCGUGGGUGUGAUAAUCAUGCCAACCGAGGUCUCCAUCAAGAAAUUUGAGCAAGACCAGAUACUGGAGAAGCGCUUGGAGGAGAAGAAGCAGAUGAUCCUGAAGCGACAACAGGAGGAGGUCAACAGGCAGAUGCUGAUGCAGAAAACUGACACUGUUGGAAAGACUCUCAGUGACUUGAUAGAGAAGUUCCAGAAUGCCCCGGUGGACACUCGGCCCAUGGUCUUGGGUGAUUUUGGCACCAGUCUGCUCUUCAUCGACGUAUACUUGUCCAUUUUGGACAAACAGGAUGCCACUGUCAAACAGCUUCAAGAGCUGUACCAUAAGACCAUGAAUGUGUUGGACCUGAUGCUCAAAGACUUGGCCCAGGAGAAGAAAUCUGAGUCUGUAGAAAAGAUGCAUGAGAAAUAAAUGGGCAAGUGUGGGGGCGC